UCCUAGGUUUAAUAGGAAAAACUUGCUUCCUGCAAACACCAGAAAAAACUGCCCUUGGAAACUGUUUCUUUGGCCAGCAUGGAGCAGCUAGAACUUACACUGUGAGGCCCUUGAUGGGACGAGCUCUCACCCCCUGAUCAGCCAGAGUGAUUGUCGCCAUGGCCAGCAAGAGGAAAUCCACCACCCCGUGCAUGAUCCCUGUGAAGACCGUGGUGCUGCAGGAGGCCAGUGCGGAGGCCCAGCCUGCCGAGGCAUUACCCGAAGGCCCCCAGCAGGAGCUGCCCCCUGAAGUGCCUGCCGGCAGCAGCGAGACUGCCCAGAUGUCCAGCAGUACCGAUGGCCCCGCCCUGGCCAAUGGGCACCGGAGCACUUUGGAUGGCUAUUCGUAUUCCUGCAAAUACUGUGAUUUCAGAGCCCAGGACAUAACCCAGUUUGUGGGACAUAUGAACUCAGAGCACACAGACUUUAAUAAGGAUCCAACUUUUGUAUGCACUGAAUGCAGUUUUCUGGCAAAAACUCCUGAGGGGCUUUCUCUGCACAAUGCUAAGAGUCACUCGGGGGAAGCCAGCUUUGUGUGGAAUGUGGCCAAGCCAGACAAUCAUGUGGUCGUGGAGCAGAGCGUCCCCGAGAGCACCUGUACUCCUGACCUAUCGAGUGAGCCCAACGCCGAAGGGACCGACGGACAGGCCGAAAUCAUCAUUACCAAAACUCCAAUCAUGAAGAUAAUGAAAGGCAAAGCUGAAGCCAAAAAAAUUCAUACGCUCAAGGAGAACAUCCCCAGUCAGCCUGUGGGUGACACAGCCUUACCAAACCCACCGGCCGGGGAGACCGAGGCAAAAGAGGAGGACCACCCCUUUGUCAAUGGGGCAGUCCCGGUCAGUCAGCCGGCCACCAACCCGGCCAAAGGGCCGCAUGCGGCCAAUGGGCCCCUGCUGGGAGCGGUGCCGGUUCUGCCGGCCGGCAUAGCGCAGUUCCUCCCCCUGCAGCAGCCGCCCCCACUGCACGCCCAGCACCACGGCCACCAGCCGCUGCCCACAUCCAAGUCCCUCCCCAAGGUGAUGAUCCCCCUCAGCAGCAUUCCCACCUACAAUGCGGCCAUGGACUCCAACAGCUUUCUGAAGAACUCGUUCCACAAGUUCCCCUACCCAACCAAAGCUGAGCUCUGCUAUUUGACUGUGGUCACCAAGUAUCCAGAAGAGCAGCUCAAGAUCUGGUUCACAGCCCAGAGGCUGAAGCAGGGCAUCAGCUGGUCCCCUGAGGAGAUUGAGGAUGCCCGGAAAAAGAUGUUCAAUACGGUCAUUCAGUCCGUACCCCAGCCCACAAUCACCGUCCUCAACACGCCCCUGGUCGCCAACGCCGGCGGCGUCCAGCACCUCAUCCAGGCCGCCCUCCCAGGCCACGUGGUAGGGCAGCCGGAGGGCACGGCGGGCGGCCUGCUGGUCACUCAGCCGCUGAUGGCCAACGGGCUGCAGGCGCCCAGCUCGUCCCUGCCGCCCACCGUCACAUCGGUGCCCAAGCAGCCCACCGUGGCACCCGUGAACACGGUGUGCUCCAACACCACGUCGGCGGUGAAGGUGGUCAACGCGGCCCAGUCGCUGCUCACGGCCUGCCCCAGCAUCACCUCCCAAGCCUUCCUCGACGCCAGCAUCUACAAGAACAAGAAGUCUCACGAACAGCUGUCUGCCCUGAAAGGAAGCUUCUGUCGGAACCAGUUCCCGGGGCAGAGCGAGGUGGAGCAUCUGACCAAAGUGACCGGCCUCAGCACCAGAGAGGUGCGCAAGUGGUUCAGUGACCGCAGGUACCACUGCCGGAACCUGAAGGGCUCCAGGGCCGUGCUGCCCGGCGACCCCGGCGCCAUCGUCAUCGACCCUGGGCCCGAGGCGCCCUUCUCCCCGUCGUUGGCCAAGGCCCCCGAGGUGCCCUGCGUCCCGCCGGCCGCCACCCUGGCUGCCCCUCCUUCCACCAGACGCCAGGCCUGGCACCAGACCCCUGACUUCACGCCAACCAAGUACAAGGAGCGAGCCCCUGAGCAGCUCAGAGCCCUGGAGAGCAGUUUUGCACAAAACCCCCUUCCUCCCGAUGAGGAGCUGGACCGCCUGAGGACUGAAACCAAGAUGACCCGGAGAGAGAUCGACAGUUGGUUCUCGGAGAGGCGGAAGAGAGUGAGCGCCGAGGACCCCAAGAGGGCCGACGAGGGCCCCGCCCCGGAGGAGGAGGAGGAGGAGGAGGAGGAGGAGGAGGCAGGAGAGGAGGAGCCAGGCGGGGGCCCGAGGGCCCCUGGGGAAGACGGCCCCCUGGAAGGGCUCGGCAGCCGUGCGCUGGCAGAGCGCAAGGUCAGCCCCAUCAAAAUUAACCUUAAGAACCUGCGUGUCACCGAGGCCAAUGGGGCCAACGGCAGGAGCGAGCUCCCGGGGCCAGGGGCCUGCGAGCCUGAAGAGGAUGGGCCCGGCCAGCCGGCCGAGCAGCCCCCCGGCAAAGCAAGCUGCAAGAAGACGGCCCAGCAGCGGCACCUGUUGCGCCAGCUCUUCGUACAGACGCGGUGGCCCAGCACCCAGGACUACGACGCCAUCAUGGCCCAGACCGGCCUGCCGCGGCCCGAGGUGGUGCGCUGGUUCGGGGACAGCAGAUAUGCCCUGAAGAACGGCCAGCUCAAGUGGUACGAAGACUAUAAGCGGGGCAACUUCCCUCCAGGGCUGCUGGUCGUCACCCCUGGCAACCGGGAGCUGCUGCAGGACUAUUACCUGACGCACAAGACGCUGCAUGAGGUGGACCUGCAGAGCCUCUGCGACAAGACCCAGAUGAGCUCCCAGCAGAAACAGACUGAAUUUGAACUGAUUCCUCCGAAGGACUGGCCAGUCCGGGAUGCCGCCUGCCAUGUGGAAGGGCUCAACCCGACUCUCCGCUGCCACGUGCUGUUCCCAUGCUCGCUGCCGCUGCCACCGCCGCCGGCCGGGCACGCACGAGAGCUUCUGGAGGCCUCGCCGCCAGCCCAGAGCCCGCCGCCACCUCCGGCCUGCCACCACCGAGCGCGCCAGCAGGGAGAGUCGAGUGCUUGUCAGUUCUUCCUCCCACCACGUAGGACCUUUCCUUUGCCUUCCAGUGGAUAA